AUGGCCAACCAGUGGCAAACAACCAAUACGCCGAAACCGUAUUCUGCUGUCUCGAAUCCUGGGCCUGUCCUACAACAGCCACAUCAAUCCCAACAGGAAGCUCCGCCACCGUACACCGGACCACCUGUAUACCAUGAUACUCAACCGAUCGUGGAGUAUGCCAUCAUCGUACCUCGACCGGGAGCAGGCCGGCGCUUCCUCAGUUCUUUCUUCGUAGCCACGUUCAUCUGGUUGUUGCUCAGUCUACUAGUUCAGAGUUCUGUCAACGCGUUACAGUUCGGCCAUAAACACCACGGACGCUCAGUGGGUGGCUCUGCAGUCUCUUCUGACCUGAAUUUGGGAAACUGUGUCAGUGGCAAAUCUUGGAACCAAGCUCGUCGAACAUCACCCUUUGCGCUCUUGAGACUCAAUUUCGGAGGUGAUGCUCAGGCUUCAGGAUCUACCAACUUUACCCUCCCCAUCUCCUCCGAUGCGCUUCUCUUCCUUUCACGAGGGCAGAAUUUAGGUGGAUCUAUAACAAUUAUCACCUCACCCACUCAAUCUUUUCAAUCCGCAACGAUCAAUGUUCAAGCAACGUCCAACAGCCAACAAGGCCUUCAACAAACGAAAGCUUGUCUCUUGACCCGCAACGCUAAUGAAAACGGGGUUGGCGUCUUCACUCCAACAAGUGGAUAUUCGCCGUUAUGGAAUGUGAACUUCCAUAUCACUGUCAUCCUACCGGACGUUGGCAAUGGUGAACCUCUCCAUAUCAAGGAUUUAGAGACGGACCUCCCGGACAGUAGUCACCAAAUAGGGGACUUGAGCACAAAGAUUCUCUUCGAUUCUAUAUCUCUUAGUGGAUCAAAUGGGCCUAUAGCUGUUCAGUCACUGGCCACUACUUCUGGAAAAAUAAACACCAGCAACGGUCAAAUUUCAGGGAUAUUUAACGCUUCGGAGUCCUUGCUUCUGGCCACCACGGAUUCCGGUAUCCGCGUCGAUGUUGGACUCACUAGCCAAGGAAGCGAUUCUAACCCAAUGCUUACCGCCCGCACUAGUAACGCGGCCAUCGAUGCGAACAUAAAUCUCUUUUCUUCUUCUGGAUCUGGAGGGACAUUCACAGUAAACGCGGAGACCUCGAACCAGCCGCUCAAAAUUGCGUUCCCUAACGCCCCUUCUGGGUCGACCCUCGACCUGCAAGCGUCUACGCAAAACGGACAAGCGUCCGUCAUACUAGACGCUGCCUACGCAGGAAGUUUUGACGUUCAGACGUCUGCUUUUGAAGACGCGAAGGUGAAUGUGGUUAGACCCAAUGUCGAUGGACGCCAUGUCAAUUUUAGUGGCGAAGGGAGAGGAGAGACGGCGGGGACUGUUUCAUGGGACAACCAGUCGUCUUCUGGCGCAGGCAAGGUGGUGGUUGAGGUAUCUGGUUUAUACGUGUACAAAAAGUAUUACAAUCGAGAAUCAACUCUCUAG